AGGAGAAGAAGGGCUGAUAGGCCGAUAAGGCGGAAAUGGCGGUAGGCAAGGGAUUCCUUCCUCUGAUAAGGCAGGCAGUGGGCGAGAAAACGAUCGAGUCAGGCCCUCCGAUAAGGGGUUGUUUAAGUAUCCGACGUGAUAAGCAGGCAUUGUUCCUCUCCGCCUCGCCCGAUUAUCUAGUAGGCCAAUCGCCAUAAUAUUGAUCGAGUAACAGAAAUCGGGGCCCACAGCAGUGACAGAUCCACCGGGUCUUCCUCUCAUUGCCUCUCGUUCAACGGUUAAGCUCUGCACUUCGCCUGAAAGGUGCAAGCUGAUCAUGAGCCUCCUUAUCAGCUGCUCUCGUGACUUAAAGAGGUGCUUGUGUCGCAUCGUGGAAGGGUUUCUUUCUUUCUCUCUGUUCGUCUUUGCGACCUCUCUUUCAUUGUUGCUCCCGUCAAGGCGGCAGACACUCGCGAAGAGGGGGGGGGAGGGGAGGGAGGCUGUGAAAUGUCCGGGUCUGUGUGUUCUUCACCCAUGGGUCGGAUGUAUCGGGCGCCUCCGGCAUCCGCCAUCGGGGGUCCCCUGGGGCGAGACAAAAUUUCGACUUUUUUCUGCCAAAGGAGAUGCUCUUACUCGAUCAAAACUCGGAGGGGUACCUGAAUUUGACAUUUCGGUUACUCGAUCAAAAUUCUCCCGCGGCCGCGGGAUGGUUGAGCAUGGACCCUCUCCUCUUCUUCCCCUGUUGUUCCGGAGGUUUUGUGCGUGGCAUGGGCUAUGUGGAUAAACAUUGCCGGUCUCUCCAGAGAACCAAGAGGAUCU